UAAGCAGAGGAAACAAAAAAAAAACCCACCAUAGCCGCAAACAAAAAAAGAAGAAGAAGAAGAAGGCGAUUCGGGAGAGAAUGGGAAAGGUGGUGUGCGUGACGGGAGCGUCGGGUUACAUAGCGUCGUGGGUCGUGAAGUUCCUUCUCCUCCGUGGUUACACCGUCAAGGCCUCUGUUCGAGAUCCCAAUGACCCGAAAAAGACGGAGCACUUGCUUUCUCUGGAAGGUGCUAGUGAAAGACUCCAUCUGUUCAAAGCAAACCUUUUGGAAGAUGGAUCCUUUGACUCGGCUGUUGAUGGAUGUGAAGGCGUUUUCCACACGGCUUCUCCCUUUUAUCACGACGUCAAAGACCCGCAGGCUGAACUUAUCGACCCUGCUGUAAAGGGAACGCUUAAUGUUUUGAACUCGUGCUCAAAGACCUCUACUGUCAAACGAGUUGUUGUAACAUCUUCCAUGGCGGCGGUUGCUUACAAUGGAAAACCUCGCACUCCCGAUGUAAUGGUCGACGAGACUUGGUUUUCGGAUCCUGAGGUCUGCAAGGCAUCAAAGAUGUGGUACAUACUCUCGAAGACCUUGGCGGAAGAAGCUGCGUGGAAGUACGCUAAGGAGAAAGGCAUCGACAUUGUCACCAUAAACCCUGCAAUGGUGAUCGGUCCUCUCUUGCAGCCAACUCUCAACACCAGUGCUGCUGCUAUAUCCAGCUUAAUAAACGGAACAAAGACGUUUCCCAACUCAAGUUUCGGAUGGGUGAACGUGAAGGAUGUGGCCAAUGCCCAUAUCCUUGCCUUUGAAAACCCUUCUGCCAAUGGCCGUUACUGUCUUGUGGAGAGCGUAGCUCACCAUUCCGAGGUCGUGAACAUUCUUCGGGAGCUCUUCCCGAAUCUCCAACUCCCCGAAAAGUGUGCGGACGAGAAGCCGUACGUGCCGACGUACCAAGUUUCAAAGGAGAGAGCGAAGAGCCUCGGCAUUGACUACAUUCCCUUGAAGGUUAGCAUCCAGGAGACAGUGGAGAGCCUGAAGGGGAAGGGUUUCCUCCAUUGAUUGCAAACCGAAAAUGCUCAGAAAGCAGUAUAAUAUUUCGAAUCCUAUCGCCUUAAAUUAAAUUAACGUGCGAUAAUUUUCAUUCUAUAUAAUAAAAUAUCUACUGUCAUGUUAUAUGAAAAUACACUAAAGCAAACCCUCGAACCGAAAUUGAAUAGCCAAGUUUCUGGUUCAUCCUCGGUU